AUGUUUAGCUCGUUAUUUGGGUAUAUGAAACAGGAUAACAAAUCAAAAGUGAAGACCCUUCAAGAAUAUGUGAAUGAUUAUAUCAAAGAGCUCGAGCUACAGCGAAAUAACAACCCAAACGAAAAGAUAUCUCGCAGUAAGAGAAAAAGACGAAGAACCUCUAAUCAUCAUGAUGAUCAAGAUGCUGAAGACGUUCAUGAAGAUCGAAACAAUAGCGAAGAAAUAACUGAUAGUGAAGAGUAUCUUCCCGAUACUGAUGAAGAAGAAUCAGAGGGAAAAGCAACGGUCACCGAAAGACUCGGCGGUUUUACUAGCCAAAGUUGGAUCAAAAAUGCGUUUCUCGUAAGGAAGAGAGGAUACGAAAUUCUUCCUGAUAUUCAUCCACUGUUGAAACGAUUGAAUCCAAAUCCACACCGUACUUUGAAGAUGAAUAAGGGUGCUCUCACAAGCAGGUAUGCGACUUUUGGAAUGGGGUUCACAAAACGGCAUUAUUCCACACUCAAUAGUCUUUUAUUUGCCCUGAUUUAUCAACGGAAUUGGAAAAGGGCCUAUAAAAUUUAUUCCUUCUUUAUAAAAAUACACCUCAGUGGUGGCGUGAGAAAACUUAGAUUUAAUGAUAUUUGGCCCAUUGGACUAUUCAUUUUGAAAAAUCUCGAAAAGGAAGAUCACAACGCCAGGUUACAAAACACUUUGGGGAUUAACCACGAGCAAUUAGAACUGGCAUAUGAUGAAAGUAUUGAACAAGGAUCGGUUGACAAAGAUCUCCAGGAGUUCUUGAAUUCCGAGAGACAGGGUCGUUUAAAUAGACCAUCAGAUAAAUUUCUCCAGUGGUUGGUAAACUUCAAUAUCAAAUACACCAAAGCUGGAAGAGAAAAAGGGAUUGUGAUCAUCAUUAUGUACUUGUGGAAUCAGGUUACAGGUAUUAGUGAUUAUGAUCAUACUUUUCUUUGCAAGACAGACAGUAAUUAUUAUUCAUCUAUGGAACAAGUCUUCCGGAAAACCAACUCCGAGGUUUCGGAUUACAUGCUUGAAACUUCGUUUUCUGGAAAUAGUUUAAUCAAGUACUUGAAACUUUUGCUUAUAAUUCUUGAGCUCAAGUUUUUGGUUGGGAAUUACAAUAAUAAUAAUAAUAAUAAUAAUAAUAAUAAUAAUAAUAUCAAUGGAGAUGGGAUGAGAAUCAACGAGCUAUUUCGUAACUAUAAGGAGGUUUAUUAUGAGUUAUCCAAGAGCUCUUCAUUUGUAUUUGAUGAAGAAAAAGUUGACUUGGAAUUCGAUAAAAUCAAGAAAAGCUAUCCUCCUUAUGAAGAAUUACACGAAGAUAAACCUUCUGAUCAAAAAGACUCAUCCUCAGAUGAGUCGACCAGCACAGAUGAUAGUGAUGAUGAUGAUGAUGAUGAUGAUGAUGAUGAUGAUGAUGAUGAUGAUGAUGAUGAUGAUGAUGAUGAUAGUAAUGAUGAUGAUGAUGAUAGUAAUGAUGAUAGUAAUGAUGGCGCCAGUGUCAAAAAGGAACCAAAAAAAUCAGAGCAGUUAUCCACGGUAUUCAUGUCCGAUGACUCUGAUGUCACAGAUGAAUCAGAUGUAGAUGAUAAAAAUACGAAACUGCAAGAUGAAGAUUCGGAUAGUGACGAAGAGAAACCAAAAGACAUUAAAGUGCAAGAGCCUGAAGAAUUCAAUGAUAAUUUCGUGGUGAAUGAUGAGCAAUUUGAAGCAUUCUUGGCGAGUCAACAGCUUACGUUCGGUAUGUUUGAUUGA